CAUUCUCACAAAUUCAUCCAUCUCUGGCACACUGCCUUUCUUCGCUGUUGACGAUGAUUGAAGAAGAUCUCUCUGCGCGGGUUGCAACAUCGAACCCAGCGUCUCUCGCUCCGUUGUUUUAUGGUUAUCAAGGAGACAGUGCUGAUAUCAAAAAAGACACUGCCAAACUGUUGCACGUGGCAUGCAGGGAAUCAGCUUACAUAAGAUGAUGAAAGCGUGCAAUUGUGACUUCCUGUUUGGAAAGAAAGGGCCUAUCGGUGUCGAACAGCUCGUCAUGCUGAUAAUCUUCCCUCCCCGUAUUUCGCACCGGCUCACACUAACAUGUUUCCCUUGGUUAUCUGGGACUUUGUACGUGCGCAGGACGUCGUUCAGAUGCUCUACGAGACCCGAAAGCGGACCGGUCAACCCUUCCGACAGGAGUUUGCUGCUUAUCAUUCAUUUGCUCAAAGAAUUGCUGGGGCGUGUCAGCUGCUCACUGUUUGAUUUCGCGGGCAUGCCCGAUAAAGCGUUCUCCGAGAAGGCCUUACCUGGACAAUUUGAAUUAUUGUUCUGGAGGUGGUCUCAAAAUAGAUUAGAUCUGAGAAGGGUAGACGGUUACCAAAGUUUCAACAAAGGGGAAAAGAGAGUCUUCGGUCUACCGUCGCCCGGUUACCGUGGAUCUGACAGUGUGUCAGGAUGCUUCAUAAGAAUUCUCCUCAUAUUGGAAAGGAUCUUGGGGUUGUAGGAGCGUCUGAGGGUGAUCAGGAGGCUGGGUCAUUCAACCUAUCUGCGCAAUCAUUCCAUCCAGGUCUCGAGGCAGGACAAGGUU